AUGUCCUCCACCUGCUUCAUCUGCCAUUUCUGCCGCCGGCCCCUGAUGCCGACCCUGUCCACGGAGACCUCGGGCCUUGACCUCAGCCAAGAACCUGCAGCUUUGACCUCCCCCUCAGCUCAGGGGGAGCCGGGAGACACUCCGGGGGAAGGCUCUGCCUCCAGGACGGAGACGGACCUGGAAGAGCUGCAGGGCAGUGCCUCUGGCUGGACCAUCUCUGGUGACAGCGAGAUGUCCAGGGACAAUCCCAGCCACUUCACCCUGCUCGGGAAGCUGGCCUCGAGGAGGACUCUCAGUAGCAUCCAGGGGACCAUCGCGGGCCUUGGUGACGUCCUAUCCGGUGAAGAGCUGGGCCACCCCCUGUGUGAGGACUGCACCGACAGUCUCCUGGAGCAGAUGGACACCCAGCUCAGAAUCGCAGGGUCUGACAGUCAGACCUACAAGCGCUGUUUGGAGGCCAGGGAUGGAUUAGGUGAGGACGUGAGGGAGACGCUGGAGCAGGAGCUGAAGGCCGUGGAGCUGGAGGAAGCCAGGCUGGCCCAGGAGCUGGAGGAGGUGGAGAAGAACCGAGACAGGACAGCUGUGGCCCUGGAGGCAGCCCGGGCAGAGACGGAGAUGCUGGAGGAGCAGGAGAGGCAGUACCACAAGGACCUCGGUGAACUUCAGUGGCAGCAACAGGAACUGCAGGACGAGCUGUUGAGCUUGGAGGACCGGCUGCUGUACGCCCAGACCCAGCUGUCCAGGCUGAAGAGAACCAACGCCUUCAAGGCCGCAUUUGAGAUCUGCUGUGACGGCCCCCUGGCCAUCAUCAAUAGCUUCAGGUUGGGUAGUGUCCCCACUGUCCUGGUGAGCUGGAGGGAGAUCAAUGCAGCCUGGGGGCACACAGCCUUGCUGCUCGUGGCCUUGUCCAACACAGUGGGUCUGCAGUUUCAGAGGUACCAGCUCAUCCCCCGCGGAGACCACUCCUACCUGAAGUCACUGACAGAGGACCCCGUGGAGCUGCCCUUGUUCUACACCGGGGGGAAGAGCUCUCUCUUGGACAGCAAGUUUGACCAGGCCAUGGUGGCCUUCCUGGACUGCAUGCAGCAGUUCAAUGAGGCGGCCAAGAAGGGUGAGCCAGCUCUCUACAUGCCCUACAGGAUCCACGUGGAGCAGGGCCUGAUGGAGGACCCAGGAUCCGGUGAAUUCUACUCCAUCAGAACCCACCUGAACACGGAGGAGCGGUGGACAAAGGCACUCAAACUCAUGCUUACAAAUUUUAAGUGGAGUCUGGACUGGGUCUCCUUAAGGUAUCCUCACAAAUAA